AUGCUACUCCUGAGGCGCUUUAUACAUACAUCACGCCCGCUUUUGAAUACUAUUACUUCAGUUUGUCCGGGGCAGGGUAAUAUUUCUGAAAGUUCAUUUCGAUUGAUUCAAUAUGAAGUGGACACUGCGCAUAAUGCCAGAAUAAUCGAAUUAUUGAAGCAUGCACAAUCGAUUGUUCCUGAGAUCCCAAUUUCUGAAUACUUUUCUUCAAAAACAUACCCAGCCGGGGAUGAAAUAAAAAUGCAACUUCGUAGGACAUCCAUUGUGCAACCAUUAGUCUUAUUAAGUACGUACUUGAAUUAUGAGAUAAUUAAGGCAAAACACGGGUGGGAUGUACUUCGUUCUGAUUAUUUACUUGGACAUUCGCUUGGUGAAUUGAGUGCACUUGUCCUACAAGAUGGUGUUUCCUUAGAAGGCGGUUUGCGUGGAGCUUAUUUACGUGGAAAACUCAUGGAAAAUGCCUUUGAUGAUGGUAAGAAAUGGUCAAUGGUUGCAUUAUUGUUUCGGAGUCGUGAUUUCGAGAGUAUCUGUAAGGUAUGUGGGCAUGAUAUUGGACUGAACAUUGCCAACAUCAACGGAUAUGAACAAAUAGUUGUCAGUGGGGAAAGGGAAGAGUUGGGUGAAAAAUUGGCCACACUAGAUAAAAUUCAGAAAGAGCUCGUGUCCUUGAAACAGUGGAAGAGUCGAAUUAGGAAAGUCUGGUUACAAACAGAUAUUGCUGCACAUCAUCCCAAGCUAGACUGUAUCAAAGAGGAACUGAGGGAAAUUAUAAAAGUAAACGAUCCCGAGCUAAAGGUUCCAAUAGUUUGCAACUUGAAUGGACUGGUUGUUGAGAAAAACACAGAGAGAGUUAUUGAUAACUUCAUCGAAGUCACAAGUAAACCUGUUCAGUUUACCAAAUGUAUGGAAACUAUAGCCGGGGCGAGUAAGGGGAAACAUAGUUUAUUAAAUGUUAGCGAUGUCACAUACGGACUUACAAACAAGUUCUCAGAAUCUAGAGAUGAUUGCGUCAGCUAUAACCUUUUAAAUGAAAUUGAAACAGCCUUAUAG